GUUUUCCAUACAGUAAACAGCCCAGUAGUGUCUAGUGCAUGUAACGGGUAUCAUUGAAAUAGAAAGAAAGCUUUAACAUUUUCACGAUAAUAAUCAUUUAAAAAGAUCUUCGUGAUAUGUCCAUCGAACCGAAUCUAGUCUAGUUUCUCUGUUGAAUAUAUUUCUUUUUUUUUUCUUUCUUCUUUCUUUUUUUCAACUUUUACGUUAAAAAAAAAAAAAAAAAAAAAAAAAGAAAAAAAAAGAAAAGAAAAAAUUCUCUUCCCACGUGGGGAAAGUGCACGUUGGGACCAAUGAGAAUUCGAAUAUUCUGAACAAAAACAUACACGAACAUGACGAAGAAGAACGACGAGGGCUGUGCCUGAAAAAUAGAAAGAGAGAGAGAGAGAAGGAGAACGACAAAGUCGAUUGGAGAAAAAAGGAAAGAGAACUAUAUAUACAUAGAGAGAGAGAGAGAGAGAGAGAAAGAGAGAAAGAGAAAGAUAUAUAUACAUAUAUAUAUAUAGUGUAUAAGAGAAAAGAAGACAGAGGCGCCAGUGCCGAAGCUUUAUCUUUAUUAUGCGCCGCUAAAGUGAAUUGUCAAGUGAAAUCAGAAAUGGCUGCCAACGAACAACAACGUAAGGAACCCAAAGACUUGCGGGAACCGGCUCAUCAUGCAAGAAGACCAAUGAAUGCUUUCUUAAUUUUUUGUAAGCGACAUAGAGGAUCUGUACGAUCUGGAUUUCCACAUUUAGAAAAUCGUGCGGUUACAAGAGUACUUGGAGAAUGGUGGGCAACACUUAAUCCAGAUCAAAAACGUACCUAUAAAAAUUUAGCACAGGAGUACAAAGAUGCCUUCUUAAAAGCGAAUCCUGAUUUCAAAUGGUACAAGUUACCAGCUCCUCCUUUACGUACUUUGACUACAAGACCUACAAAUAAAAAGCAAGAAAUAGGAACCGUGGACCAGGCUACAGAAAGUGUCAAAUCCGAAUACGUGUCUUCCGAUUAUAUAAAUUCAGAUAAUAAAGAUGGUCAGGCCAUACAGCCAGGCAAGUUAGCAGACGAAUCUCAAAUUGGUGGCCUUAGCUCUCUUUUUACUCCGCAAAAGGUGCAAUUAACCGAAGAGCAAAUAACGACUCACAAUGAUGUUCCUGAAAAAGAAGUUACAGCACCAAAGCCUCCUAAAAAGAGAAAUCCAGAAUUGCUUCUUGCUCUUGAACAUAAAAAUGAAUGCAAAGUUGAUCUUUUUAAUGAAAAGAAAAGGAAGCAUUCUGAAUCAAAUAAUAAUGAACAACACACAAUGCAUAUAGAAAAUGAAAAGCACGUGACAAACUCAUUCCUGGACUCAAAUGCUAAUUCUGAAGAAAAUAAUUAUAGAGGUGAAAGAACCUGCAAAGGAUUGCGAUAUCAAAAAUUUCUAGCAGAACAAAUUAGGCAUAUUGGACCAUCUGGACAAAAUAAUAAACGAAAAAAAUCAACAACGUCGUAUAGUCCUGAAGAGCGAAUAAAUGAGAGAAGAAAUUCCAUAUCUUCCAACAUUAGUGAAAAAACUGAUUCUUUAAGUAGCGAAGGUGGAAAUAGUUCACGUGGUGAGCUAGAACAUUUAGUGGAAAGUGCUGAAGGAAAUAUGGAAGCUUCAAAACCUGAAGAAACAGAAACAGAAGGUGCAGAGAGCGAAGUAGAUUUUGGACCUUGGACAACACGUAAAAGAUUUCGUGCUGAGGAUUUUAAUUUAGAAAAAAAAAUUGAAGCUUUACCUUCCUUAAGUUUAGAAGAAUUUCAAGAAAAGAAAAAACAACAGCGUAUAAACAAGAAAAAGGUUUUGCAAAAACUGAAUACAAAUAAAUGGUGCCAUGGUAAUUCCAAUAGCGGUCAAAACAAUAGACAAAAUAAUAAAAAUGGAUUACAUACAACAAAUGAAAUUCCAGAAGAUGGUGAAAAAUCACUUUUGGUAGGAAGUCAAAAGAGAAAAGCACGAAAGCAAAGCAUUACACGUAAUGCAGCAGCGACGACAACUACUUCGAAUAUGUCUGGAAAUCAAGAAUCAAAUAAGACAUGGUGUGCAUCACCGGACCUGGAAGCAUUGGCAUGUCUUGCAGCGGUUGCCGCCAAUAGAACAAAACUUACCAAAAAUAAUGCUUAACUAUUGAACCCGCA